GACGCCUCAUCCAAACAGUGCCUUAAUUUAACACCGACGUCAUCCAUCCAAAUGGACGUUGUGAAAAAUUGGAACCCUAAACCAGUUUCUCUCCUUAAUCCGAGCGUGCUUUUUCGCUGCUUCUAAGAGCAAAGGAUGACUUUAGAAAUUGAAGCUCGAGAUGUGAUCAAGAUCGUGCUCCAGUUCUGCAAGGAGAAUUCGUUGCACCAAACAUUCCAGACAUUGCAGAAUGAGUGCCAAGUCUCUCUCAAUACAGUGGAUAGUAUCGAGACGUUUGUUGCUGAUAUCAAUAGUGGAAGAUGGGAUGCUAUAUUGCCUCAAGUGGCUCAGCUCAAGCUUCCCAGGAAUAAAUUGGAGGACUUGUAUGAGCAGAUUGUGCUGGAAAUGAUAGAACUUCGCGAGUUGGACACUGCACGUGCCAUUUUAAGGCAAACUCAGGCAAUGGGUGUCAUGAAGCAAGAGCAACCUGAGAGAUACUUGCGACUUGAGCAUCUCCUAGUUAGAACUUAUUUUGAUCCAAAUGAGGCUUACCAGGAUUCAACCAAGGAGAAACGUCGUGCACAAAUUGCCCAAGCUCUAGCUGCAGAAGUUAGUGUUGUUCCACCUUCUCGAUUAAUGGCUCUAAUUGGCCAGGCUCUAAAGUGGCAGCAACACCAAGGGUUGCUUCCACCAGGAACACAAUUUGACUUAUUUAGAGGAACCGCUGCUAUGAAACAGGAUGUAGAUGACAUGUAUCCAACUACUCUUGCGCACACUAUAAAGUUUGGAUCAAAAAGUCAUGCAGAAUGUGCUCGGUUCUCACCGGAUGGGCAGUUCCUUGUCUCAUGCUCUGUUGACGGGUUCAUUGAGGUCUGGGAUUACCUAAGUGGAAAGCUCAAGAAAGAUCUUCAGUACCAGGCUGAUGAAACCUUUAUGAUGCAUGAUGAUCCUGUCCUGUGUGUUGAUUUUAGCCGAGAUUCUGAGAUGAUUGCAUCAGGUUCCCAAGAUGGGAAGAUCAAAGUUUGGCGGAUAAGGACUGGUCAAUGCUUACGUCGUCUUGAACGUGCACAUUCUCAAGGAGUCACUAGUGUUGUCUUCUCUCGUGAUGGAAGCCAGCUUCUAAGUACAUCCUUUGACAGCACAGCCAGAAUACAUGGCCUAAAAUCUGGCAAGUUGUUAAAAGAAUUCCGGGGUCAUACAUCCUAUGUGAAUGAUGCCAUCUUUACAAGUGAUGGAACUCGUGUUAUUACUGCAUCCAGUGAUUGUACAGUCAAGGUUUGGGAUGUGAAGAGUACAGAGUGUAUACAUACAUUUAGGCCACCACCUCCGCUGAGGGGAGGUGAUGCUUCUGUGAACUCUGUUCAUCUUUUCCCAAAGAACACAGAUCACAUUGUUGUUUGUAAUAAGACAUCAUCAGUAUGCAUCAUGACACUUCAAGGACAGGUUGUGAAGAGUUUCUCAUCUGGUAAACGAGAAGGUGGAGAUUUUGUUGCAGCAUGUUUGUCACCAAAAGGGGAAUGGAUUUAUUGUGUUGGUGAAGACAGGAAUAUAUACUGCUUCAGCCACCAAUCUGGUAAACUAGAACAUCUAAUGAAGGUUCAUGAGAAGGAUGUAAUAGGUGUGACUCACCAUCCCCACCGGAAUCUCAUUGCCACAUACAGUGAAGAUUGUACUAUGAAAUUAUGGAAGCCUUGAAUUGCCCUUGUGUUGAUCCUUUUUACAUUUUCACAAACAACUCUUUGCUUUACAUCAAAAAAUUUUCCCUUCCAUAGGCUUCAAAACAGUUUUAAAUUUUGCUUUCAAUUUCCAAUGUGUAUGGUGAAGAGCUAAGUAGAAGACUGCAUCUGUGAUUCUUAACUAAAGGGAACUAGAUCAUUGUAGCCAACUAGCCAUUGGAAAUCUCAAAUCCAUUUUCUUGUGCACAUAA